AUGUCUUCCCGGGUCGCCGAAGACCAACAAGAACCCGGAACAACUCCAAGCCCCUCGAAUUUCGCUGCGUCAAGCUCAUCGUCCUCUUUCUCCCGAUUUCGACAAGCAGGUGGUCCGAAUAGCAUUGAUAACUUUGCUCGCUCAUGGCAAAGAGCAGCUGGUUUCCCCGAAGUGAUACCGCGUCGUUCUUCGUUUGUUUCAGUUGACUCCGACGAUGACUUCGAUAUCGCAACGGGUGGAGGAUAUGCCAGUAGAGUCUCACGCCACAGAUCAGACGGCGAGGAGGACGAGGAAGACGACGAGCAGGAUUAUAUUACACAUACAAACGCGAGUCCUAGGAGAGCCCUCCCAACUACGGGGCUUCUUGCCUCCUCCCCAGAGAGAAGUUUUGCUGCUUCGUACGGGUCAAUAUCAUCUCGAGUGAGUGAGUCCACCCGGCGGAAUGCUAUUCAGUUCCACCGAGAGCAACAGGCCCGGGCGGAAGCUUUAGGACAUCCCGAUCGAGAACCUCUGCUCCUCAAGCAUGUCGAGAAUGAAGACGGAACGUACGAAGAUGUUAUAGUCGGUCAAUCUACCGUGCCGCAGACUAUCUUCAAUUCGGUCAAUGUGCUAAUCGGAGUUGGGCUACUUAGUCUUCCACUUGCUAUGAAGCAUUCCGGGUGGUUGAUCGGUCUUCUGUUUCUUAUCUACUCGGCUUUUUGCACAGCUUAUACUGCCAGAAUACUGGCUAAAUGCCUUGACGCGGAUCGGAGUAUUGUCACAUAUGCCGAUCUCGCAUAUAUUAGCUUCGGACAUCAGGCUCGUCUAGUGACGAGUUUUCUCUUUUGUUUGGAAUUACUAGGAGCGUGUGUGGCGCUCGUGGUGCUAUUUGCUGAUAGUUUAUAUGCGUUGAUUCCUGGCCUAAGCAUUUUCCAAUGGAAAAUAGUGUGUGGAGUGGUUUUGAUUCCGUUGAAUUUCCUGCCUCUGCGAUUACUCAGUGUAACCAGCAUUUUGGGCAUUAUAUCAUGCACAUCUAUCGUUAUUCUUAUAUGCGUUGAUGGCUUGAUCAAACCUGACUCCCCAGGCUCCCUCCAACAGCCCGCGAAUACAUAUCUCUUUCCCCAAAAUUGGGCUACAGUCCCUUUGAGCUUUGGUUUAAUUAUGGCACCCUGGGGUGGUCAUGGAGUCUUUCCUAAUAUUUAUCGCGACAUGAGACAUCCUAAGAAAUAUGCGAAGAGUCUGUGGGUCACAUAUUUAUUUACAUUUUCUCUCGAUUCGUCCAUGGCAGUCAUCGGUUGGCUUAUGUUUGGUGAUAUCGUUCGCGACGAGGUCACAGCCAAUAUUCUCAGCUUAGAUGAAUAUCCACAGCUCGUGUCCGUUGCCAUCAUCGUCUUCAUCUCCAUAAUCCCGUUAACAAAGGUGCCACUGAAUGCCCGACCAUUAGUAGCCACCUUCGAAGUGCUUUGCGGGGUUGGACCAAAUGCACAGUCUUCACGCGGAGAGGGAACUCUAGCAUUCAUUCGAGUAUUAAUUCGAGUUUUGACGGUGAUUUCGAUUGUCGUUCUUGCCGUGAUAUUCCCGGCAUUCGACAGAAUCAUGGCCUUCCUCGGGUCAUUCCUGUGCUUCACCAUUUGCAUCAUUUUGCCUCUGGCGUUUUAUCUGAAAAUAUUCGGGAAGGAGAUAAGCCGAAAUGAGCGCAUCCUGGACUGGAUUCUGCUCAUUAGCUCAACAAUCCUGGCGGCGGUGGGAACAGUUUGGGCAUUCUUGCCUCAAGACAUGAUUUCGGCCAAAUGA